CAACAACAUUAAACGUAUCAGGAACAACUAAAGGCAAAGAAGCGUCUCCAGUAAAAACGUUAGAGUCUCAGCUAUAUAAGGGUGCCGUUGAAUGCCCUAUCUGCUUUUUGCCAAUUUGUACCGAAUGUUUCGUUCAAAUAAAACGACCAGAAAAUGGUUCUUUAGGAGCCAACAACUCUCCUGCUGUAUGUCCUUACUGUGUAGAACCAAAUUUUGGUGUCUAUUAUAAACCUCCAACUUUUAAUGGUAUUGAAAACAUGCCUGUUAUGAUUCCAAAUCCAAAUAUUCCACCAUCUACAUCACCUACAUCAUCAACAUCUUCGCUUAACAAUGUGUCAGAUGGUAAAGCUCGGCGAAGGAGCAUAAGUCAUAAAGACUCUGAAGUUGUUACCACUGAUCAGAUACGGCCUGAUUGGGCAGCACGUGUACUUCAACAACCUCUACGUCAACCGCCUGGCGCGAGACGACCAUCUCCUGCGGCUCCUUCUGGCAGUUCACGGCGUAUUGUAGUUCGUCCAGGUGGAGGCAAUCCUACUUUCGUAACUUCAACUACUCCGCCUAGACGCACCAAUCCUCCCCCUACAGCAGCUGCCGAGUAUGGAGGGUACUUAGCAGCUAUGAGAAUGGGUACUGAUCUAGAAGAGCUAAUGGUUAUGGAAGCAAUUCGAUUAAGCCUUUUGGAGCAAGAUAGGGAAAGAAGAGAAAGGGAGCGAACCGAUAGUUCGCAAGAUGAAAUUAGUAAUCCUAGUUCACAAGAUGAAGAUAGGGAAAGAAGAGAAAGGGAAGAAAGGGAACGAACCGGUAGUUCACAAGAUGAAAAUAGUGAUCCUAGAGCAGGAACUUCAUUACCAGGAUUUUUAUGCGCGUCACUAUCAAAUCAAACGCAUGUUAUAUUAACCGAUCGAUCCGAUUGUCCGCAGAUCCUUGAAAAUAUACAUGAUGGUGCGCGGUUAAAUAGAUUAUUGGUAACAUCUAAUGACACUUUUGAAGGAUCAAAUGUUUGGAUUAGAGGAUUAACUUGGGGUGAAUUCUACCUUGGUAAUAAAAAAAAUGAAGAAGGAAAUUUAUUGCAAUUAUUACAUGAUGUUGAACAAAAUGAUAAAACUUUAGAUUGGAUUAUGGGUAGUGAUACAUUUUAUGAUCCAAAAGGUAUUUAUUUAUUAAAGUAA